UUCCCUCCCUCACUCCUGGAGAGAGAAGCUCAAGCCUGACGCCGCUGAAAAGGCAACAGCACUUGCCUGAUUCAAAGACCUAAGGAAAUUCUCUUUGACCGACACACGCUUCAGGCUCAGUUCCCAGCGACAGGGAAGAUCCAUGCAGAUUAAAAACAAACAAAUAAAAAAAACCACCCCAAAACGUGAAAUCAGACCCUUGGAUCUUAGUUUUGGCCUUGUACACGAGAACAGAAGAGGAGCUGUCAAGCUUUGCAUAUCAAGUAGCCACUGAGCUGUUUGACAGCUUUUGGGUUUCAGCCCCAUUGGGAAUGAGGCAGCUCAGGAAACUGUGUCCUGUAGUCAAAUGAUGCUGCUCUAGCACAAUGGCAGGCAGCCCAUGAUCUGACAGGAGGAUCUGUCCUAGGAAGGCAGCGCUGGGAUUGGUAAUUGGUUCCCUGAGAAAGGAGAGAAGAUUCUUUUGGGAAAAUACAGCUGGUGGAUAGUAUGUAAAAAGAAGUCCACACACACGGGGAUAUUGAUACACUCCUGCUGGGUUUGUGGAUCCACCUAAACAAAGGUUUUACCACCUGUAUUUUUUUUUCCCCUUCAGUCUUGGUAAUGUGGGCUUUUGGUAACGUUUCAGCUGAUUCAUCCAUCCCUAGACGCUUCUUCGGUGGCCAAGCCAAUCACUGAGUAAGCCUACUGGGGCCUUCUUUUAGCUGAAGAACUUUCAAAGUUCAGCCAAGAUUGCACAACCACCACCGGGGGCCAUUUGUUCUGGGGGGAUCCCAGCUCACAUCUGUACAUCGGGCAUUCAAAACCCAGGCCUGUCGUACUGGGGAGGCAGUUACAAUAAUCUCAGUGCGAAGGGGAAAUAGGAGUGAGUUAACCCAUCUCGUGUGAGAGGUGACUAAAAAGAUUUUACCCUGUCUGCUCCAGCCCCCCCACCGCCACUCCCCCCUCCUUUUCCCCCUCUCCCCCGCCCCACCCCACAGAGAAUGGGGGCUGUGCUCCUCAAGCGUGGGGGCUGCCUCCUGCUGUGGCUGGCCUUGCUGCUGGGCUGCUGGGCUGAGCUUGGCAGUGGCCUAGAGUUCCCGGGGGCUGAGGGCCAAUGGACCCGUUUCCCAAAGUGGAAUGCCUGCUGUGAGAGUGAAAUGAGCUUCAACAUGAAGACACGCAGCUCCAGUGGCCUGGUCCUUUACUUUGAUGAUGAGGGCUUCUGUGAUUUCCUGGAACUCAUCCUGACCCAAGGGGGCCGGCUCCAGCUCAGCUUCUCUAUCUUCUGUGCCGAACCUGCCACCUUGUUGUCCGAUACUCCUGUCAACGACAACCUUUGGCACACAGUGGUCAUCCGCCGCCAUUUUAAGAAUACAACAUUAAUUAUUGACCAGACAGAGGCUAAAUGGGUAGAAGUAAAGUCCAAGCGGCGUGAUAUGACAGUCUUCAGUGGCCUUUUCUUAGGUGGGCUCCCACCUGAAUUGCGCUCAGCAACACUGAAACUGACGCUGUCCUCAGUGAAGGAUCGGGAGCCCUUUAAGGGCUGGAUAACUGAUGUCAGAGUCAAUUACACACAGACCUCACCUGUGGAGAGCCAGGAGGUACGGCUGGAUGACGAGCAGAGUCGCUUAUGCGCCAGGGAUGAUGUCUGCCUUAAUGGUGGCGUCUGCUCAGUGCUCAACGACCAGGCCGUCUGUGACUGCUCCCAAACUGGUUUUCGGGGGAAAGACUGCAGCGAAGAAGACAACUAUGUGGAAGGUCUGGCGCACCUGAUGAUGGGCGACCAAGGAAAAGAAGAAUACAUUGCAACAUUCAAGGGAUCGGAAUACUUCUGCUAUGACUUAUCACAGAACCCUAUACAGAGCAGCAGUGAUGAAAUAACUCUGUCAUUUAAAACUCUUCAGAGAAAUGGACUUAUGCUUCACACAGGAAAAUCAGCUGAUUAUGUCAAUCUUGCACUGAAAAAUGGAGCUGUCUCCUUGGUCAUUAAUUUGGGCUCAGGGGCCUUUGAAGCACUGGUGGAACCUGUGAAUGGGAAAUUUAAUGACAAUGCCUGGCAUGAUGUGAAAGUAACCAGGAAUCUGCGUCAGCACUCAGGCAUUGGACACGCUAUGGUAAACAAACUACAUUGUUCGGUGACAAUAUCAGUGGAUGGAAUUCUGACCACUACGGGCUACACGCAAGAAGACUACACCAUGCUGGGUUCUGAUGACUUUUUCUAUGUUGGAGGCAGUCCUAGCACAGCAGACCUUCCAGGGUCACCAGUCAGUAACAACUUUAUGGGCUGUCUCAAAGAGGUUGUAUAUAAAAAUAAUGACGUCAGGUUGGAAUUAUCUCGACUAGCCAAGCAAGGAGAUCAUAAAAUGAAGAUUCACGGUGUUGUGGCAUUUAAAUGUGAAAACGUUGCAACUUUGGAUCCCAUCACAUUUGAAACACCUGAGUCUUUCAUCUCUUUGCCAAAGUGGAAUGCCAAGAAAACAGGCUCGAUAUCAUUUGACUUUCGCACAACUGAGCCAAAUGGCCUGAUUCUUUUCAGUCAUGGAAAACCCAGGCACCAAAAAGAUGCCAAACACCCCCAAAUGGUGAAGGUUGACUUUUUUGCUAUUGAGAUGCUUGAUGGUCAUCUUUACUUGCUGUUAGACAUGGGAUCAGGUACUACUAAAACAAAAGCCUUACAGAAGAAAGUAAAUGAUGGAGAAUGGUACCAUGUAGACUUUCAGCGGGAUGGACGAGCAGGUACCAUUUCUGUGAAUACUCUGCGUACACCUUACAAUGCACCUGGAGAAAGUGAAAUCCUAGACCUAGAUGAUGACUUGUAUCUUGGGGGCUUACCAGAAAAUAAAGCUGGCCUGGUCUUUCCAACAGAGGUGUGGACGGCACUCCUCAAUUAUGGAUACGUUGGCUGCAUUAGGGAUUUGUUUAUUGAUGGCCAAAGCAAAGAUAUUCGACAAAUGGCUGAAAUUCAGAGCACUGCUGGAGUGAAGCCUUCAUGUUCAAGAGAAACUGCCAAACCAUGCCUUAGCAACCCAUGCAAAAACAAUGGCGUAUGCAGGGAUGGGUGGAACAGAUAUGUCUGUGAUUGUUCUGGUACAGGAUACCUUGGCAGAUCAUGUGAGAGAGAGGCCACCAUUUUAAGCUACGAUGGAAGUAUGUUUAUGAAAAUACAGCUCCCAGUUGUGAUGCACACAGAGGCUGAAGAUGUGUCUUUGCGAUUCAGGUCCCAACGAGCUUACGGCAUUUUAAUGGCAACCACUUCUAGGGAAUCUGCAGACACGCUCCGGUUAGAGCUGGAUGCAGGACGAGUAAAACUAACGGUCAACCUAGACUGUAUCAGGAUUAACUGUAAUUCCAGCAAAGGUCCAGAAACCCUUUUUGCUGGCUAUAACCUCAAUGAUAAUGAGUGGCACACGGUGCGUGUGGUUCGUCGAGGAAAAAGUUUAAAGUUAAUGGUGGAUGACCAGCAAGCUAUGACAGGUCAGAUGGCUGGUGAUCACACGAGACUGGAAUUCCAUAACAUUGAGACGGGAAUCAUAACGGAACGUCGCUACCUGUCCUCUGUUCCCUCUAAUUUCAUUGGCCAUUUGCAAAGUCUCACGUUUAAUGGCAUGGCAUACAUUGACUUGUGUAAAAAUGGGGACAUUGAUUACUGUGAACUAAAUGCCAGAUUUGGGUUUAGGAACAUCAUAGCAGACCCUGUAACCUUUAAAACGAAAGCAAGUUUUGUUGCACUGGCCACACUGCAAGCCUACACAUCUAUGCAUCUUUUUUUCCAGUUCAAAACAACAUCUCUGGAUGGAUUGAUACUCUAUAAUAGUGGGGACGGAAAUGAUUUCAUCGUGGUUGAGUUAGUUAAAGGCUACUUGCACUAUGUGUUUGAUUUAGGAAAUGGUGCGAAUCUCAUCAAAGGAAGUUCUAAUAAACCUCUGAAUGACAACCAGUGGCACAAUGUGAUGAUAUCAAGAGAUACCAAUAACCUUCAUACUGUAAAGAUUGACACUAAAAUUACAACACAAAGCACAGCAGGAGCCAGAAACUUAGAUCUCAAAAGUGACUUGUACAUUGGAGGAGUAGCCAAAGAAAUGUAUAAAUCCUUACCAAAACUAGUACAUGCAAAAGAGGGAUUUCAAGGUUGCCUUGCAUCAGUAGACCUGAAUGGACGUCUCCCUGAUCUUAUCUCGGAUGCUCUGUUUUGCAACGGGCAAAUAGAAAGAGGAUGUGAAGGCCCCAGCACAACCUGCCAAGAGGAUUCAUGUGCAAACCAAGGAGUGUGCCUACAGCAGUGGGAUGGAUUUAGCUGUGACUGUAGUAUGACCUCCUUUAGUGGACCAUUAUGCAAUGACCCGGGAACAACAUAUAUCUUUAGCAAAGGUGGUGGACAAAUCACUUAUACGUGGCCUCCGAAUGAUCGGCCAAGCACUCGUGCAGACAGACUGGCAAUAGGGUUUAGCACUGUUCAAAAAGAAGCUGUUUUGGUACGAGUGGACAGUACUAGUGGGCUCGGAGACUAUUUAGAGCUUCAUAUCCACCAAGGAAAAAUUGGAGUUAAAUUUAAUGUUGGAACUGAUGACAUCUCUAUUGAAGAGGUCAACGCAAUCAUUAAUGAUGGAAAAUACCACGUAGUACGUUUUACAAGAAGUGGUGGUAAUGCCACAUUACAGGUGGACAACUGGCCCGUUAUAGAACGUUACCCAGCAGGAAACAAUGAUAACGAGCGCCUGGCGAUUGCUAGACAGCGAAUUCCAUAUCGACUUGGUCGAGUAGUUGAUGAAUGGCUACUCGACAAAGGACGUCAGCUCACAAUCUUCAAUAGUCAAGCAACCAUAAAAAUUGGAGGCAAGGAACGUGGCCAUCCAUUCCAAGGCCAGCUCUCUGGUCUUUACUACAAUGGCUUGAAAGUUCUGAAUAUGGCAGCUGAAAAUGAUGCCAACAUCGUGAUAGAAGGAAAUGUGAGACUUGUUGGUGAAGUGCCUUCCUCUAUGACAACUGAGUCAACGGCAACAGCGAUGCAGUCUGAGAUGUCCACAUCAGUCAUGGAAACCACCACCACUUUGGCCACAAGCACUGUCAGAAGAGGAAAGCCCCCCACAAAAGAACCUAUUGGUCAGACCACAGAUGACAUCCUGGUGGCCUCGGCUGAAUGUCCCAGCGAUGAUGAGGAUAUUGAUCCCUGUGAGCCGAGCUCAGGUGGGUUAGCAAAUCCUACCAGAGCAGGUGGAAGAGAGUAUCCUGGCCCAUCGGAGGUGAUUCGUGAAUCCAGCAGCACAACAGGCAUGGUAGUUGGCAUCGUAGCGGCAGCAGCACUGUGUAUCCUAAUCCUCCUGUAUGCCAUGUACAAGUACAGAAACAGAGAUGAAGGCUCAUACCAUGUAGACGAGAGUCGAAACUACAUCAGUAACUCAGCACAAUCCAACGGGGCUGUGAUUAAGGAAAAACAGCCCAGCAGUGCUAAAAGUUCCAACAAAAACAAGAAAAAUAAGGAUAAGGAAUACUAUGUCUGAUCCCAACAUCUAAAAGAACACUUGUAUAGAAAUAGUCUUCAUUUUAUCUGAGACAUAAUACAAACUUAUUUACUUUACUUUUUAUGAAGCACAUACAAAACAAACAAACAAAGACAAGACAGGGAAUGCAGUCAGAAAGGAAAGACUGUUUUUAAAAACAAGCAUUUCAUGCUCUUGUUUUUCAGAAACAGGAGUCAAUACAUUCCCUAGCAUCCACAGUGUUUUCAUUUACUCUGCCUGUCUUUAUGUUGCUGGAACAUUUCUGAGAGACAAUGAUGACACCAUGCAUUCAUAAAGCAAGGAGUAUUACUACGACAUCAAGGCACAAUAUGAAACAAAACCAAUAAAAAACACAAAACAGAAAAAAAAAGAAAAAAAAGAAGCUACCUAUGAUUCCGGAUUUAGCCAAAGUGCUAGCGCUUUCUUGAGAAGUAAGUUAGUCUUAUUGCCAGAGAAGACUGUCAUUAUACAGAGUGAUUCAGCGAGCAAACACAAAGAGUUUGCCAUCUGGUGCAGUGAAGCAAUGAUUGGAAACUUGCAUUUGGAAACAAAGUGCUGGCUUUUCUGAAGACUUGCGUUAAAACACUUUCAAAAAGCCCCUUUCUGGUUGUGAGGAAAAUAGUACGGAGGCCUUAUUUUCAAAAACAAAACAAAAAGUACGGAAUAUAAGGCACAUUUUCACAAAAAAACAAGAGGGCAUAGAUGCAAUCAUUGGGAAAUUUUCAUGCACGCUUAAUAUGUUAUUACAUAUGUUUAUAUAAAAACACAUCUAUAUGUGCUUUCUGGACUGUGAUAAGUGAUGUUUUAUAGCCUGUUGUAUAGAAAAUGCAAACUAUAUCUGCUCUUCGGCCAUUUUUGGUAAACUCAAUGUUAUAAGUGUUGCUAGGUAUAGAAAGUUUUAUGACAUCUGGAGCAACAGACAUAUUUCAGUUUUUUGCAGCCAUUAUAAAUUGUCACAAUUUUCUUCCUUUUUUAUUUUAAAUUUACAGUGUGGUGAUUAUACUAAGGGGGAUGUGUAUGAAUGUAUAUAAGAGUCAGCUAAUUUUUUUCUUACCUGUACAGCCUCUAUUCUGUUGCAAUUCAGUUUUAGUAGUUUGUAUGAAAGAAGUGGAUUAGAAAGAAAAAAUAUAUAUAUAUCUAUUGUAUUUUCCUCUCCCCUCCUAUCCCCAGUUCCUGCUUCCUAUACAUGUCAAUUUAGUUAAUCAGGAUCGCCAGUUUUCCCUGAAAUAUACCACAUCCAUAAACUAACUGAGUAUUUAGUGACUUAAAGUGACCUUUUGGCUCCAAUCAAAGUUUAAUCAUUGGGCAGCAUCUUUUGUUUUAAAGAAAUCAUGCUCCCUGGGAAAUGAUGAAGGCUUUGGGAAUCUUAAUUAUGAAUCAUACAGCAUGUAUCUGGCAUUCUGUUGUAAGUGUGAUAACCACUACACAAGUGAGCGGUAUAAGACCUAAAAGUUUGAGUCCUUCAGAUUACCCUGGCUACUUCAACUGAGGAAUCCCCCAACCCUAUCCCCCAUAAAAAUAACUUGAUGCGCAUGCUAAACAUUUUUUUUCAAAAUUGUGCAUUUUGUCAUAAGAAAAGAAGUAUUUUUAGCUAAGUUUAUUCUAUAGUAUUACAAGGUACCAUAACCACACACUGAAAUAUAAGUUGAGCACUGAUCAUAUUUUAAAAUAAUACUUAAUUGUUUUCUCUACAUAUAUAAAUAACACUACUGCAUUUUAGUUAAACAUAUUAAAUAUGAUAAUGUUAUGAAUUUACACAUUAAGGUUUUUUUUUAAUGUUGUUUCAUUGGGUUCACAGCAAUAAAUCACAGAGUAACAUUUUACGUAUAUGGAAGCUCAAAGGGAAUAUGUUAGGCUGAGAAAGGGUAGUUCAAUAGAAAUCAACUGAAUCACUAGAAGGCCUCCUGGGAGGAAUAUAGAUGUUCACACUUUACAGACAGGAAGAAAGAAUUUAAAAUUAGCUUUGAACAGCAGGGGCAACACAUCUUCUGGUGUGUUAUUCACUGUAGCUGAUGAAAAAUGCUGGGUAUUGGUACAGCUAUCUAUCUUGGACACAGAGUGCUUUGGAAAUACAUGUCGCUGACAUGAGAGUGCCACUCUCAGAGGUUGCCAGAUAAACCAAGGUAUGUAUUAUACCAUAUUUGUAAGGGAUUUUUCUUUCCAUGAGCAUUUGCAGGAAGUGGAGGUAAGGUUGUCUGACAGGGUCUUUUUUUGCUUGUUUGGCAGUUUGUUUGUUUGUUUUUAAACGCUGUUCAAAAUCAUCUCUUUGAUUCAUUGUUCACUUGUGGCACUCUUAACUUCACCCAUCUUUGUUAGUCAGCUGUACUCAGGGAAAGCUAGGGAAUAGGUAUGCUGAAGGCCAAUAUUUAAAUCAUGAGUUUUCAGCCAGUGGGAGUGGGGGUGGGAGGGAAGAAGUUGACUGCCAGAUAAUGUUUAGAACUGAGAUUUCCAGGGCUUCGAGAUAUGUGGAAGGACAAAGAUGAGCUGAACAAAGGAGUUCUGCAAUGGUACAGUAUAUGGUUUGGGCAGGUGGAUAUGGUUCUUUAUAGCUUGAUGUGGAUUGUUGCAACCCAAGUAGCGUGACCAGGUCACCUGUCAAGCAGUUAAUGUGCCAAUAGGCAGACGUGUUAACUAAAUAAUGACAUCAAAGAAUAAAAGAUAUGCAACUGCUAAACAAAUACAUUUUAACACUGUUUCUGGAAGUUCUCUUUUUUCUCUUUGAUUUCAUGAUUUAAUGAAGAACAAACACAGAAGUAUCAGUUUCAGAAGCUUCAAUAACUGAAUUAAAAUUCCUUUAUGUUAAAACUACCUAACAGAAAAUUGGAUCCCUACUAUAUAAUAAUCUAAUUUGUUGAUUGUGAUAGCUUCAUUUCUAUUACUGUAUUGUAUUGCUUUUUUUAACAAACCGCUAAAAUAAUGUGCAAAAUGAUUCCAAACCCAAAACAUCAAAAAGAGGCCCAAUGCCCCUAACCUUAUAGUGCUUUCUGUGAUAGAUAUUUACAAAUUUUUUGAUUUGUUGCAAGGCCAAUUUAUCCAUUAUUGGAAAUGCUAAGCAAGUGGAAUUUACUGUUUUGUUAAUAAAAAUGUUUCUUAAUACAA